AAAAAUGAAGUGAGAAGAAUAAUAUAAAGACAGGUCAGGUCUAACAAAUUAACCUAUACAAUUUGCAUGAAUACUUACGACGGGAGCACGAGGGUUGCAUGAUUCUUUAAACCAAUUACCAUCGUAUAUUAUAAAACUAAUUAAUCAUUAUAUUAUUAUAUAGAGAUGAAAUUUUGACGAAGCACAGAUCAUCGAAUUUCUUUGGCUGCAAAUAAACUAAUGAUGCAUCGUACUUUAUUGAUCAUGGCCUUAAUCACGUCAGCGGUUUCAAGGAAUGACGAAGAGCUGUGUAGGGACAUGUUCGAAAGCUUCAUUGAGGGAAUGUCUAUGCAACCUUCUCCACAGUACUGUAGGGGAGUGAGCCACUUGAAUAACGUCCUCAAGCUCACGUCUCCAGUUGCUUUGCAGGGACUGGAGAAUAAGAAGGAGAAGGGACGGGUAGGUAAACCGUGUGAAUGCAUGGAGUUAGAGGUAACUUGGAAAAUAAGAUGUGUAAGAUGCGACCAAGAUCCAAGCCCGAAUGUAACCAAAUAUGAAUCACAUGUGAAUGUCUUAUAGAUCUCUCUCUCUAAAUAUAUAUUGUGAUGCAUCAUAUGAAAGAUCAUAUCUCUUAGUUUAUGUGAUUUGAGUUUCUAGUUAGAUGUGUGUGAUUAAUCAAGAAAGAUGGAUUCAAAACUAAUCACUAAUUUUAAUAGCAAAGCCUUGAUUAGACA